AUGGCUAUUUUUGGUGCUGACACCCUGAAAGCUAGUAGCGUGACAGGACGCAAAUGUAACAAAACGAAAAAUCAGCCUAAAAACCCACUGGACUCGACACAGCUAGGAGCUGUAUAUGGAAUUUUCGGCCACUUCUUGACAACCGAAAGAAGUGCCAAUCCAGUGGACAUAGAAUUUGAAAACAAAAAAUUCGGACAAUAUAUGGCUGUUAAAAUCAAGGACAGUGCUAAGAUUGAAGAAUUGAAGGAGGGCACUCAGGUAUCGCAUGCUGAAGUACUCCAUGACGCUUCGAUCAUUGAAGAGAGUGCUGUAGCCCCUAAUUCAGAGGAUAAUGUUGAUGAUAAUGAGGAUGAUAAUGAGGAUGAUGGUGAAGAUGUGAAUGAGGAUGAUAAUGUGAAUGAUAAUGAGGAUAAUGAGAAUUAUGCCUCGGAAGAGGACCAUACUAUCGAAAGUGAAAUAGAAGAUGGCAAGAAUAACAACUAG